UCGCGAGAGUAGGCAACACUGAUGCCAAUUUUUCAGGUCAUUUGUGUCUCAAAGCUCAGAAAACAAAGUUUCGCAUAGGCUAAUUGACGAACAUCAAUAUGAAGGUUUUUAUCCUGCUGAUCAUGGGAAUAGGACUUCUUCACAGCGUAUCUGCUGCUACACAUUCACUGCAUUAUGUGUACACUGCAACCUCAGGAAUACCAGACUUUCCAGAGUUUGUGACUGUUGGGCUGGUGAAUAGAGAGCCCAUCUCCUACUAUGACAGCAUCAUCCGCACAGAAACUCCCAGACAGGACUGGAUGGCAAAUAAUGAGGGGUCUGACUACUGGGAGAGUCAGACUCAGAUCUCCAAUGGUACAGAGCAGACUUUCAAAGCCAACAUUGAUAUUCUCAAACAGCGCUUCAAUCAGACUGGGGGUGUACAUGUUGUCCAGAACAUGUAUGGCUGUGAAUGGGACGAUGAGACUGGAGUCACAGAUGGUUUUGAGCAGUAUGGAUAUGAUGGAGAAGACUUCAUCGUAUUUGACCUGAAGACAUUGACAUGGAUCGCUCCAACACCACAGGCAUUCAUCACCAAGAACAAGUGGGACAAUGACAGAGGAUGGAUUGAGCAAACAAAAAACUAUCUCACCCAGACCUGUAUUGAGUGGCUGAAGAAGUAUGUGGACUAUGGGAAGAGCAGUCUGAUGAGGACAGUCCCUCCAUCAGUGUUUCUGCUCCAGAGGACCCCCUCCUCUCCAGUGACCUGCCAUGCUACAGGUUUCUACCCCAGUAGAGUCAUGGUGACCUGGAUGAAAGAUGGACAAGAACAGUAUGAAGAUGUGGAGGUUGGAGAGACUCUCCAGAAUGAUGAUGGAACGUUCCAGAAAAGUGUCCACCUGACAGUGAAGCCUGAGGAGUGGAAGAAAAACAAGUAUCAGUGUGUGGUUCAGGUAUCUGGUAUCAAGGAGGACUUCAUCAAGGAUCUGACUGAGGAUCAGAUCCAGACCAACACGGGCUUCGUUCCAGCUAACACUUCUGAUGAUGGUUCCAACUCCUCCAACAACACUGCUCCAAAAGCAUGAGGUCUGUUACCAAUAUCAAACAGAGGAGAAUCACAGACGAGAGGAAAGACCACAGUGAAAGUUGAAGUGAUGUGAUGCAUCCAAACAAAAAUAUAUAUCUAAAACAGGACUACAUAAAAUCUACAAUGACAAAAAUAUUGUUUUUACAGUAACUGGAUAUUGUGUUGUUUGUAUGUAAUCUAGUUUGAGAAGACAUAAAAAGUUUAGUUUAUUUGUGUCUGCAUCUUUUAUAGCAUUGGCAUUGUUUUGGUGUUUUUCUUAUUUCCAAUAUAGUCAUUGUAAAUAGUAUAAUGUGAAUUGUCAAUCAAGAUGUCAUGAUGUCUUUAAUUUGGCUUAAAGCCAAAGCAAGGAGUGGCUCAAGAACAAAACAUUUUUGAAUUGAAUUUCCUAGAAUGGCCCUGUCAAAGUCCUGUUUUCAAUCCCACUCUAAAUGUCACAUUUCAGUGUAACAUUUCUUAUUAAUUCCAAACAUUUGAUACUUGGUCAGUUGUUUGAAUACUUUUGCAAGGCACUGUAUGUAUAUAAUAAUGGCCAAAGCUAUGUUGUUUUAUCCCUAAUCCACACCCUGGCAUAAGGAUUAUCACUUUUCAGAUAAUAAUUGAAAAUAUGAAUAACCUCUAUCACAUACCAAUAGAACUUUCUAUACCUUGCAAAUGUUAAUAUUAAUAUAAACUAGUGAUAAAAUCAUGCCUCCUUUUUACCCCUCAACAAUGGAUCUUCAGGUUUUUUGAUGCAUCCUCUUUGGUGUCCAGAAAUGCUUUGUGACAAUGUUCAUUAUCUUUUCUUCCCUAUGUAAUGGUUUAUAAAUCAUUUGCUCUGUUCUUUACAGUUUUAUUAUAUAGAUAUUUAAGGUAGAUUAGCCU